GGUGAAUAUAUGACUGCGUAUAUAUUGCACUGGCACUCCUGAGGAUUCAAACAGUCCUUUCUCCAGGGAGAAGACAGAAGGAACAGUUCAGCUGCUGGUUCUGAGCUUCUCUGCUUCAAGGGGAACAAGAGCCCUUCACUGAAAUCCGCGCACCAUGCUGGGGCUGCUGCUGCUGCAGGUGUUGGCGAGCUGCCUCUGGCUGGGACACAGCAAGGUGGUGAACUCCUUUGCAGAUUGUCCUGAGUUUUUCUAUGCAGGAACCACACCAAAUAAUGCCCUGCACCCACAGAACCCAGCCUGGAUCUGUCAACGCUAUAGAAACUCGUCUCACUAUGCCACCCUGUAUGACAGAGACAGGAGAAUUCCAGUGUACUCUGCUUACAAAUAUCACCCUGGACCUGCCAAAAGACCUCAUGUGUGGUGGUUUGUUGAGCCGCAGCUGAUAGGUAAAAAUGAUCUUCAAGAGAUUGAAAGAGAAUCAGUCCUCAUAAAUCAACACAAGUUCACCUUAGACCAAAUCAAAAAGAGCCAGGCUGUCCUUGACGACUAUGACAAAAAGACGGGUUUGACCCGUGGCCAUUUGAACCCCAAUGGCCAUAUGGAUAGUAAAGAGAACAAGACAGCUACCUUCUCCCUCACCAAUAUAGUGCCCCAGGACAAAAGUCUCAAUGAUGGCCAGUGGAACAAGUACGAGUCUAAAACAAUGACCGAAAUGAGCAAGGACUGUACAACCACCUACGUCAUCACGGGAGCUGUGCCUGGAAGCACCAAUGUUGCCGGUGGGAGGGUUAACAGACCCAGCCACAUCUGGUCAGCUGCCUGCUGCCUGGUGGGAACACAGCCCAAGAAGUCUUGGGGGGUCAUCGCUGAGAACAACAAGAACCAGGUGGAGAACCACAGCCUGGGGGAGCUGGAGAACAGGUUGACUUCACUCUAUGGGGAGAGAAGGGUUACUCUGUUCAACAGUGCCUGUCCCCGGGAGUAAGCCUCACUUCCUUGAUGGAAAAGGCUCAGUGGCUUUUCCCACAUGUCACAGAAUCACAGAAUCACUGAAUGGGUUGGUUUUGAUGGGACCUUAAAGCCUUGAAUAGCAUCUCAUUCUGACCUGCCUGUCAUGGGCAGGGACACCUUCCACUACACCAGGUUGUUCCAAGCCCUCCCCAGACUGGCCUUGAGUGCUUCCAGGGAUGGAGAAGUCAAAACAUCACUGGGUAACUUUUCCUCCUACCACAGCCUGCUCACAGUGAUUUACUUCUUUAUAAUAUCCCAUCUAACCCUGACCUCCAUCAGUGUGAAACCAUUCCCUCUUGUCCUGUCACUCCAUGCCCUUGACCAAAGACCCUCUCCAGCCCUCUUAGAGACCCUUUAGGUACUGCACUCUUGGGCCUCUUCUCCAGGCUGAACAUCCCCAGCUCUCUCAGCCUCUCUCCAGAGCAGACACGCCCCAGCCAUUGGAGCACCUUCAUGGCCCCUACUGGACUCCACUGCAACAGCUCCAUAUCCUUCUUGUGCUGUGGGCCCCAGAGCUGGAGGCAGCACUGCAGGUGGGGUCUCAGCAGAGCAGAGUAGAGGGGGACAAAUGUUCUGUGCAGCGUCUGUGCUGCUUCAUUCUCUGGUGUGUUUCCAGUUCUGUCCCUCAGGGCACCUCCUCCUCUGCUCAAAGGCACAAAGAUGUGGGCAGAACUUUUAACUGCUUUGCUCUGCUGCCCAUCUCAGGACAGAGCUCUCAGAAAUGAGUCCUCUCCCCCUUAGCUCUCCACAAGAGCAUGCAGCUGACUUGUCCGUCACCUCCUUAGCAAGGCUGUGUGACCAGGGCACCUCAGGCUGCCCAGAGAUCUUGUCUGGAGAUCUCCAUGUCUCGCAAUACUCAAACCUCAACAAUACAUGGUCCUGACAACCUGCUCUAGCUGAUGCUGCUUGAGCCUGGAGUCUGGACUAGAAGAUCUUGAGAAGUCCCUCCAAACCCCAACAAUUCAGUGAUGAUGUGAUCCUGGGACAUGCUUUUGUUUGCUUGCUUUUGAAAGUGUGCCUUGAGAGCAGCAGCUGUUGUAUCAGACAGACAGGCUUUGGCAUCAGAUAUAGAGAAAGCUUUGAGCAGCCAAAGCUAAAUCCCUGUUAUGUACUGCUUGGAUACCUUCAAUCUCUGCUCUGCUUCUGAAGCUUUUCUGCAGAUUGAUGGGAAACUGAUUUGGGGAAAUGUAUUCAAUGGUUGUAAAAGAUCAGUGUGUGCCACAUCAUUUAGUUUGCAAGAGCUUACAAUAAAAGUUAUUUGUUGCAG